UGCACAUCACAUCACUACAGUAACAGCAGCGCAUAUUCCCGUCCGCCAGUGUGUGUGUAUGUCACAGUAUGUGUGUGAGCCGCCGCCAGUGGAAGUGGAACGAGCGGGUCACUUCUGACAAGUGAGAUGGUGAGAGGGGGGAGAGAGUGAGGCCAUGGGCUGCACCUCGGCUAAGCAGGUGUCGGCUGUGCCCACCGACGAAGAGGGCCGGGGCAAAGCCUACAGCAAUGGAGACCUUUUCACUGAUGAAUAUAAGAAUAAGGGAGUGGAGGAGGUGAAGUAUAUGCGUGGAGAAGAGGACAGAGUAAACGCACGCAACCAGGAGAACCUCCAGGAGAACCUGGAGAAGAGCUCGGCUCUGCACAGGACCAAACAGCACAAAGAGGUGCCUGGGCCCAGCGCCAAUAAGACUAACAUACAUACAUCAGAGAGCCAGCAGGAGUUCUUCAAAAUGCUGGAUGAGAAGAUUGAGAAGGGGCGGGACUACAGCUCCGAGGAGGAAGACGAUGUGACAUAGCAGAGAGGUGCCAGAUCUUGCCAGAGAUGGGAAUGGAGAGAGAGUGUGAACUCAAAAAUCAGUGUUUCCUAUGUCUGUAACACUGUCGAUCUGAGAGCGAGUGUGCGUGCGAGUGCGUGAGAGAGUGUGCUUGUGAGAGCGAAAGAACGCAGGACUUUUCCUCAUAGGCUGUUUGCACCCUUGACCUCUUCUCCUCUCUUGGGGUUGCCUUGCUUCGAGAUCUAGAUGGUUUUGGGUGAAGAAAGAACAGCUUGAUUGAUGUAUUAUCAACAUAGACUCACUCUGACAUGAAAUGAGGACCCCCCCCCAUCCACUCCGCUCUUGUCCUCCUACGGCCAGCAUUGAAAUGGCCCCUUUCUCCGCCUGGCUGUGAUGGAGCCAUCUGAGAAAGAGAGAUUAUGUCGGGGAAAGCGAGAUGCUCCUCCCAGUCCUUGUUUUAAGUGGCAAGCCAGAGGAAAAAACGGACAUAUGGAGAAACGGGAAGAGAGCUUACAAACAUCAUCUGGAGAUAGUGGGGAGUGAAUGUAAAGAUGAAGUGUUGCGGGUUUUUUGGGGGGAGAGGGUUUGAACGAGAGAUAUUUUAUUAAGAGCGACUAUAUGACCGAACUGUCUGAUUAUUUUGAUAAGAGCAAUGUGGCAAGUUUUAGAACAUUUGAUCUGGACUCCUGCCUUUUGAAGGACUUUUUUAAAUUUGUGGACUGUUCCAUAAUGUUUAUUUUUAUUGUUUUUUAUUGCAUAGAUCAAACCUCCUCAAGCUUGUGCUAUAAAGGUCAGGGCUGUGCAGUGACCCCAUAACACACUCGCUCGUGCGCACACACAUACAUAGAGAAAGACUUAAAGCUAAAAUAAUCACCACACCCUCUUUCCACAUACAAGUUCUCACUUUCAAUUUGUAUAUUCUGCUAUUAUUUGUAAAAUUCUCACAAAAGGGACGGAAAUAGUCUCACUAGUUACCAGCAGUUACCCUCACACAUAUCCAAAUAUACCCAUUACAGCCACCCAUAAACAGGCAGCAUUUAACUUAAAGAUCUGAAUUGACUUUUUAUGCUGUCCAAUGAAAGAACUGGGGUUGUCUGUUUUUUUUGUGUGUGUUUCGAGGCCUGUGUUUGUGUUAAUCUGUGUCAGAGAGCCAGGUCUGACUGUGUUAAUCGAUGUCAAACGGAUGAAAUGUUUGUCGUAGACCUGUGUAUGUUUAGCUACAGUGUUAACCUCUGUUCCUCGCCCUGCCUUUCUCACUUAUUAGUAUUUAUUUAGUCGUGUUGGCUAAAAUGCAUCUGGUUGUCAGCCUGUACACUUACAAUUCAUGGAUACCACCAAACCAGUAUGAGGUGGGGUGGGGUCACUUUAAGUACACAGCGUUGGCCAAGCAUCUGUCAUUAUAAUUACUGGAUUGAAUCCUUUUUUAUGUUCAAUGUUUUCUUUUUCUAUUAAAAUAUAAGACACAGGA